AUGCACGGAGUUCACUCAGUCGCUACUCGAGCUAGCCUGUCGCUGUUGAAGCUCUCAUCUCUGCUACUGCCUUUUGUUGCCGCACAGGAUUCUGUCAGCUAUGACUUCGACAGCUAUGGAGCUUCAGACCCAAGCGGCACGCCGUACCAAACGUACAUGUCGAAUGCGGAGGUGAAGCCACCGCAGAUGCAGAUCAAUCGGAAUGGGACGGCGUUGCAGAGCGGGUAUGUGUUUCUAGGGAUCAAUGGUCUGCCUACGAGUGGGCAGAAUUGGCCAGCGAUAUUUGAAUUCUCGGAUGAUCGCAUGGGGUCGCUCGUGUGGACAGGGAACUACAGCGAGCCCUUCGAUUUCAAGACACAAACCUACAAGGGCGAACCUGUACUUACACUCUGGUCUGGAGAGCUGCUGAACGGCUACGGACGAGGUUCGUAUCAUAUCCUCAACCAAAGCUAUGACGAGAUUGCGCACUUUCAGGUCAACCACUUCGGUGAAGAAAUGGGCGAUAUUCAUGAGUUUGACAUCACUGCCGACGAUACAGCGCUCGUCUUGAUCUACCAUGGUAUUCCAUGGGAUUUGACCGCAUCAGGAGGUAUUGAGAAUGGUUGGCUGUUUGAGAAUACGUUCCAGGAGAUCAAUAUCGAGACUGGCGAGCUUGUCUUCGAGUGGAAUGCGAGCACUCAUGUUGGAAUCAACGAGUCGUACAACUCGCUACCAUCAGAUGUUGGCCAGUCCGAACAAGCGCCGUGGGACUAUUUCCAUAUCAACUCCGUCGAGAAGGAUAGCAAUGGCGACUACUUAGUUUCAGCGCGUGUUAUGGACUGCAUCUAUAAGAUAUCUGGCCAGGACGGAAGCAUCAUCUGGCGGCUUCAGGGUAAGCAAUCAGACUUUGACGUCGACCCAGCUGCCAACUUUGCUUUCCAACACGAUGCUCGCUGGCUGAACGACGACCAAACUCGCAUGACUAUUUUCGACAAUGGACCCACCGAGACCAUUAGCUACUCGCGAGGCCUUUUACUCGAUGUCAAUCAGGACGAGAAGACUGUCAAACUCAUCACUGAAUUCACCAAUCAAGGCAAGACCUUUGCAACAUUCGAAGGCAGCUUGCAAGCCAUCGACCCUUCCAAUGAAACCACAAACUUCAUGCUUGGGUUUGGCAGCCAGCCUUUCUUCACCGAGUUGGAUCAUCAAGGCAAUAUCCUCCUCGAUGUACAGUUCGGCAAGAGCAACGUGGUAAACGCAUAUCGUGCGUACCGCCAACAAUGGGAAGGCAAGCCAUCGACCAAGCCAGAUGUGCACUGGGAUCAAGACGGAAAUACGGCAUUCUUCUCUUGGAACGGUGCCACCGAGGUUGAGAGCUGGGUUGUAUGCACGGCCAAUGCUAGCGAUUCACGCACCUGGACCAACGUCACUAUUGCAAGAAGGACAGGAUUCGAAACAACGAUUGAUCUGUCAGAUGCGCAGCUGAAGGGCUUUGUGCGUGGAAAAGCUGUGAGCAGUGAUGGCACUGCGUUGGGAUGGACGAUGGCGAGCGAUGGGAAUGAGUUGUACAAUGCGCCAGACGGUGUUGACGAGAUUGGAUCGGCAACGCCGUCAAGCACAGAAGCUGCUCCCUCGAGUACUUCGAGCGGUGCUGCGGCAAGAGCGACACAUGGGGUUAUGGAGCAGGUGUAUGUCGCCGCUGUUGUGGUGGUGGGCGGGUUGGCGCUUGCUUAG